UCUUUCUUACAUAUAGCCAUUGAAAUUUCAAGCCUGGAACCCCAAAAUGGUUUUAAAAUUGGAGAGAGAAUGGAAAUAACAUGUAGUUAUGUAAUAGCAAAUUUGAUUAUGUUCAAGUUAAUGCAAAACAAUUCUUCUGUUGUGAAGAUAGAGUACAAUAAAAUCAAGACUGCAUUUUUAAUCAAGAGUACAAAGAAUAAUUUUAAGUGUGAUUUACCAAUAGGUGAGAAGGUGAAGUGCUGGAAAGAUAACCUCCAGUGUGAGGAUGAAGCUCAAUACGAAUGUCAAACAAACAGUCCCACCUCCUCUCCAAAAUUUCUAAAAGCGAAAUCUUAUAUAAAGAGUUUGCAAGAUCCCUACCCAUUUCCUGCGGAGAACCAGAUAUCUACCUUCAGAUGUGAUGCAAAUGCUGCAAAAUCUGAAACUGUUGUCAUCUUCAAAUGGACUGUAAAACAUGGUAACAAUGCAGAUGGGGAAGAGACAAUAGACAGAGUACAAGUGUCAAGCAGGAGCUCUUGUAUUACUCCAGUACAGUCUGACUAUAAGUACAAUGUAACAAUUAAAGACAGCAGCAAUACGACCAUCACUUGUACAGUAUUUUCAGAAAGCCUUUCCAAAACAAUCUCCAUCCCAGGUCUCAUCCCAGCGACAGAGGGACCUGUUGUUGCUACUGCAGGUAAAUAAAUUUCUCAUCUUUAU